GUAUCUAACCAAACUGAAUAUUUGGCAAAAGUAAGCUUAAGCAACAACUGACUGUUCCAAAGGAGAAUCUCCUACCCAGGAGCAACAUUAAGAAAUGAAAAAUGAAAUGUUCAUCUUGGGCCUGUUGGCUCUGACUUCAUAUUUCAUGCCUGGUGAAAGUCAUUACAAGUCAAGAAGUUCACGAUUCCCUGCCAGAAAAUAUCCACAAGCCCCAAAUAAUUACCCAAGAUAUCCAAGACCACAUUAUUCCUAUAUUUUCAUUCCAAACUCUCCAAAAUUUUCAAAAAACAAUCAAUGGCAUAAGAUGUGCCCUCCAGGAACUACCAUAAUGCUGAUCGGUCGCCAUUUUCGAUGCGUUCCUAAUAACCAGUUUAUCUCUGAUAAAACAAAACCAAAUGCAAUCACACCAGCACCAACCAACAUAACUACCACAAAUGCAACCACACCAGCAACAACCACAAAUGCAACCACACCAGCAACAACCACAAAUGCAACCACACCAGCAACAACCACAAAUGCAACCACACCAGCAACAACCACAAAUGCAACCACACCAGCAACAACCACAAAUGCAACCACACCAGCAACAACCACCAUAUCUACAACAACUAACUCUGCAAAUAGUACUUCCUCUACAACAACUAGUACUACCAUCCAAACUACAACUCCGACAUUUGCAGAAAGGUUUUGGAAGAUGUUUCAGCAGCUCUUUGGGUUAAAGAAAUGA